UGUAGAGCGUACGGAGUUCAGAUAAGAAUCCCCUGUUGACCUUGCUGCUGUGCGCUGAACCAAAACAACAGACCAACCAGGGAACACACAACAACCCCAGUUUACCAGCUAUGUCACAGAUAUCAAUGCCUCCGAUGCCUGCUUUACCCAGCUCGGGAUUCACGUUAUCAAAAGAGCAUUUUGUGGUUGCAGUGCCGGUUGCAGUAGUUGCAGCCGUCGGAGGUUUCCUGGUCAGCCACUACCUGAGCGGGCGGAGCUGUAAAAAGAGCAUGGUGAACACGUGCAUCAGUAAAGAUAGCCCCAAAGUGGUCCACAGCUUCGACAUAGAGGACAUCGGCACCAAGGCGGUAUACUGCCGCUGCUGGAAGUCAAAGAAGUUCCCUUACUGCGACGGAGCCCACGCCAAACACAACGAUGAAACUGGGGAUAACGUCGGGCCGCUCAUCAUCAAAAAGAAGGAUGCUUAAACCGCCCAAUCGGGGAACCUCGCCCUCAUCCCUUGACUUCUCAUGCACCCUGCCCAGUUUGUCCAGUUAUUUAUCAUCAUCGCAGUGUUGUACUGCUGGUUACGACACUGUCACAAUUAAAUCAGACAGUGGAUAUUCUUUAUAGCUUAGAACAGAAAGUGCUGAAAAUGUUGAAUUUCGGAUUUCAUACAUGCCACACUGUUCCUACUUUAGCCGACAUGACUUCAAUCAAAGGUAAUUUGAGGAGAGAUAAGGAAGGGACUUUGACAAUCCACACAGUCAGACAUGGGGGUACUAUGACUGCAGUUGCAUUUUGAUCUACUUAAUUUGAAAGAGUUUCAUUUAAAUUCUCACUGGACCUGAUACAAGGGAAGUAUUUCACCUGGCAUGUAUUGUAACUUCCCGUCUGGUGUGGGUCUCCUGCCUUUUCCACUCCUCCAGGUGUAGAGCAUGAUGAAACGUGACGGAACUGGCAGCUCUUUGCCUCAGUCAUUUGAAUUCAGAAAAGGCCUUAUUUUUUAAAUCUGCAGCCCACAAGACUCGGACUUUGAAUGCACAUAACCCAUACGACUGCUACAUGUUAUGACUUUUGCACUAUGAGCGGCUUAGUCCAAACUUCAGUUUUUUUCUCUAACGAAAUAAUCUCCAAUCUUGUGAAACCCUAUCUGCUGUUGCUGCUGCAGUUUGUCUGCUUUCUAAGGAAAGUUGUAUUUAAUCUGUAAAGUGUUCAAAACGUUUGCUUCUAAAGGAUAUAUAUUGCUUACUUCAUCAGAUUUAUUUUCUACUGGCUGCGGUUUGUCUGACUUGAUUCAUUGUUCUGUAUAUUGUGAAUAAAACUUAUUGAGUGAUCUGA